CAACGCUGACAAACACCAAUGGCGUCCUCAUCCAUGAUCACCUUCACAACCGUCUUCUGCCUCGUGGCAGCCUCGGCCGUUGCCGUGCCGCCGGCCACCCUCCAGGACACGUGCAAGAGCGCCGGCGAGCAGGCGGUGCUGUGCGUCGUGUUGCUGUCGUCGAACCCGGCGGCCCAGAAGACGCCGGUGGACACGCGCGGGCUGGCGCACGCGGCCGUGAUGGCGGCGGGGGCGAACGCGACGGCGACGGCGGAGAAGCUGAACCAGCUCUUCGACUCCGACGACAUCAAGACCAAGAGCCCUGAUCUCCAGCGCUGCAUCGAGGACUGCACCCAGAGGUACCAGUCGGCGGGGACGUUCCUGAGCCAGGCGUCGUCCAAGCUGGACGCCGGGUCGUUCGACGAGGCCAACGUGCUCAUCGCCGGCGCGCAGUCGGUGAUCAAGCUAUGCCAGAGGACGUGCCAGAGCGUGCCCAAGGGGGAGCUCACCGUCUGCAGUAAGAACGUCGACAUGCUCUGCGGCAUCGCCGCAUCCAUCACUCGCUUGCUCCUACAACACUAGGAACUCAUCCUUGCAUGACUGCUUCGAUCAUCGAUCCGGGAGUUGAAUGUAUGAAAACUCAAAAGUCCGCCCGGCCACAUAUGAUGAGCCUGCCUAAAACAUCAUCCAUUUUGGAUUUUGUUUAGGAAAAAAAAUACACAUGUAAACGUAUGAAUACUAUGUGUACAUGAGAUUUCUUGUACAAAAAGUUGAAAUUCUGUAGCUUGUGGGAAAUAUAGUGCUAAUUUGGUGAACAGAAGCUUCACAUUUGAGCCAUCCCUCCUUAUGUCUUUUGGACGGGGCA